AGGGUAAUAAUGUCAUUUUGCGACCGAUGCCUUCCAAAUCCGGCGACAACCACUACAGCUUCUCUGCAGCUCCAAUCAACCGGGAAAAAGAGAAGGAGCUAGAUGACACAGCAAUGGCAGAAUUCAGAGGCAAAUGGGGAGAAACAGUUGAGUACACAGAGAAGCCGAGCAGCAACAUCGUUGAAGGAGUGGUGGCUAUCGGAAAGGAAGGCGGUUACGAUCUUAUCGUGGUCGGGAAGGGUCGUGUUCCAUCGACCAUGGUGGCGAAACUAGCAGACCGCCAAGCGGAGCACGCCGAGUUGGGGCCGGUAGGGGACAUAUUGGCCAGCUCCGGCAGGGGAAUAGUAUCUUCAGUACUAGUAAUUCAACAACAUGGAGGAGCUACUCAUUCAGAAGAAACUCCAGUUUUAAAGAUAGCACAAGCAAAUGAGAAUAAGCAGCCAUUGUCAGCCGAUGAAGCUUCAAGUCAUGUAUAAAAUCGCAAGUGUUCAACUUUGGUACAUAUUUCAAGUGAUACAUUAGGAUUUGGCAGUUAAUUGGAUCAAUUCAGUCGUAUAUCCCAUAGAAAAUAGUCGUAAAAAAAAAAAGGUGCUUCGAUCAUAGUUCAAUACAUGAUCUUAAUAAUACUUCCGGCAUCUUUAAAAACAAAUCCAUAUCUCGUGUUCUUAACUAUACUUUAAUUUUUGUAAUAUUGUAUCCUUUAUAGUUAAAAUUUUGUAAUAAUUUAAUGUCCACGGAAGAAAUCUCAUCUA